AUGAGUCGAGCCAUAUCACCUUCAGCGGAGGAUGCUCCGCUAUUAACAGAAUCCCGUGCACCCAAUGACCCAGAUUCUACACCACCCAUUAACCGUGGCCCCCCUCGAAGAACCCGUACUGCACCGGUGCCAGGACGGGAUAAGAAAUCUCCGCAGCUUGUAUUGCUGUUAACGAUGCUUUCGUUGUUCCUACUCGUGUUGACAUGUAUUUUUGCUGGCCUAUAUGCAAGAGGAGUAUCAAACAAGAGACCUGCACCUAUAACCGACCCCAAUCCGCUGCCUAUUCCCGACAAUCCACCUAAUGACAAUGAUAAUAGUACCACUGAUGCACCUUGCUUGACACGAGACUGUGUGCUUACUGCUGCCAAGAUUCUAUCGGAUAUUGAUACUUCGGUUGAUCCGUGCGAGGACUUUUUCAAAUAUUCUUGCGGUGGAUGGAUAAAGAAGAAUGUUAUUCCAGAUGACAAGGGCCGAUACGGUUAUUUUGAUAGCUUAUAUCAGGACAAUCAAAAACUCUUGAAAGAUAUUCUUGAAAGUGACUACGAAGAAGCAGAUGAAAUAUCAGCACCUAGCCUUCCUCCUCCAGCCAGUGUUAUUGACAAACAAAACUUCUACAAACUUCAGUCAUUAUAUCGAUCUUGCAUGAAUGAAUCUGUAAUUAGCGAACUUGGUGCAGAGCCGUUAAACCCUGUUCUGGCCGAAAUAAUGAAUCGAUUCCCAGUUGAACCAGAAGAUUCGUUGUUGUAUCAUCUGAGUGGAAAAGAUGGAAAGAAUCUCAACAAUGUCGAUAAACAGAAUGGCGGAAAUAAUGCAAAAUUGAACAGCACACAACUGACAGACACACUCGCUUACCUUGCCGGGAUUGGUGUUUCUCCGUUGCUGACCUUUGCAAUUGAAACUGAUUCCAAGAAUCCAGAGGCAAAUGUGGUGGUGUUGUAUCAAAGUGGAUUGGGUUUACCAUCAAAGGAAUACUACCUAGAGAAAGAAAUCCUAGACGUUUAUAAGAAAAUUGUGGCAGAGUUACUUGACAAGACGUUGCGUGGUCAAGAUGAUUUUACUACCAAUGAGGAGGACGCAAGUAAUCCUGUAGACAUCGUCGGAGAAGCUAUUGAAAAAGAUUUGGAAGAAUAUUGGACGAAUUUAUGGGCGGAUUCGGCAGGAAAAAUUGUUGAUUUUGAGGCUGCUUUGGCAAAAAUCUCGUUACCACUCGAGGUGUUUAACGAUCCAGAAGCGAUAUACAAUCCGCAAACUUUCUCGGAACUCAAUCAACUCAGCACUGCAAUUCAAUGGGUAGAUUUUAUUAAGGCACUUGCUCCCCAGUCGUCCAAACUUCCUUCAAAGGUUAUAGUCACAUCAAUUGAGUAUAUAAAGAAUCUUGACGAACUUAUAAGGAAUACACCAACAGAGGUUCUUCAGGUGUAUUUCAUUUGGCAGACAAUUUCAAGUUAUGGUGAAUACUUGGAUGAAAACUUCAGAGAGCCAUUGAGAAGGUUGCAAGCUGUCCUGAAGGGUAUAGAUAGCAGUGUGAAGCCCAAGAGAUGGGAAGUUUGUUUGAGGGAAGUGGACAAGGGUAUGGGCCAGUUGGCAGGGAGAUACUUUAUCUUGAAAGCCUUUUCUGGUGAUAGCAAACCAAUGGCAGAUUCUAUUAUCACGGCCAUAAAAAAUGCAUUCAAUAACCGCCUUCCCGAUCUCGAUUGGCUUGAUGACGAAACGCGCAAACUGGCCGUUGAAAAGGUCGAAUACAUAUACCAAAAAGUUGGCUUUCCAACCUCAACACCUGACGCUAGGUCGCCUCAAUCAUUAGCCGAAUAUUAUGAAAAAAUAGUGAUAGAUGAGCAAAAAUAUUUCGCAAACAUUCUGAGUGCUGCCAAGUGGAAAGUUUAUAAUGAUUGGAAGGAACUAGGGAAACCUGUUGAUCGUGGUGUGUGGUUCAUGACUCCACAAACAGUCAACGCAUAUUAUAACCCGACAGCCAACGAAAUUGUCUUCCCAGCUGGUAUUCUCCAACAACCUUUCUUCCAUGCCAAGGAUCCUGAAUACGUGAACUUUGGAGGCAUAGGCAUGGUUGUCGGCCAUGAGCUUACGCAUGGAUUUGACAAUGCGGGGAGAAUGUUUGAUAAAUAUGGGAAGUUGACACAGUGGUGGUCGAAUGCUACGAUUGAAGCGUUCGAGAACAAAGCUAAAUGCUUCAUUGAGCAAUAUUCAAAUUACACAGUUAUUGGACCAAAUGGUGAACCCACACAUUUGAACGGUAACUUGACGCUGGGCGAAAAUCUAGCAGAUAAUGGAGGGAUAAGGGCAGCAUAUAGUGCUUGGAGUACCAGAUUGAAUGAUGAUCCAGAUCAGAAGAAGUACCAGAAUCAGGUGCUUCCCGGCCUGCAGGAUUUCUCUAGAGAACAACUUUUCUACAUAUCCUUUGCACGUUCAUGGUGUUCGAAAACGCGCCCCGAGACUGCUGUGGAAAGAGUGAGGACCGAUCCCCAUUCACCUGCGGAAUGGCGCGUGAACGGCGUCAUUCAAAAUACGCCUCAUUUUUCGGAGGUGUUCAAAUGUAAAAAGAACUCAAGAAUGAAUCCAGAAAAGAAGUGCUAUCUGUGGUAA